GUGACAGGUCUCGAUGCCGUGGCCUAGCGCCCUGUCAUCAACCUAUACCAGCCUCUCGCAGAGAACAACCAAAAUAUCGCGAAAGUAGAAUGGACGGGCGGCUGCUGCUGCUCUGCUUCUUCUUCUGGACCGCGGUUAGCACACGACAGUUCGCCGUCGCCGGCGCAGCCUUCAGCUCCAAGGUGGUGACCAGCCUCCCCGGGUUGCCAGGUCGCCUCCCCUUCCACCUCGAGACCGGGUACGUGGAGGUGGACGAGGACAACGGCACCGAGCUGUUCUACUACUUCGUCGAGUCCGAGGCCGGCGCGGAGGACGCCCCUUUCCUCCUCUGGCUCACCGGCGGCGACCGCUGCUCGGUGCUCAGCGGCCUCGCCUUAGAGAUCGGUCCAUUCCAGUUCGUCCCAGAGCCUUACAAUGGCACCGUACCGCGCCUGAGAAUCAAUCCGUACUCAUGGACCAAGGUGGCAAAUAUCCUUUUCGUCGAUACACCGGUUGGGGCAGGAUUUUCCUUUUCAAGACGACCCGAAGGCUACGAUGUCGGGGAAGUAUCCACCUCGUUGCAGCUCCAUGAACUCCUCAUCAAGUGGUUCACUGACCAUCCCAAGUUCCUCACAAAUCCUCUCUACCUCGGGGGAGACUCCCUUGCUGGACAUCUUGUACCAUUUAUUGCUCAAAAGAUCUCGGAAGGUAUCGAAGCUGGAAGGAGCCCCAUCCUUAAUCUCAAGGGCUAUUUGGUAGGCAACCCGGCGACGGGUGAAAUCAUUGAUGAAAGCUCUAAAGUGUCAUAUGCUCAUGGAGUUGGUAUAAUACCAGAUCAAUUAUAUGAGACGAUCUUGGAGCAUUGCCAAGGAGAAGACUACAGGAAACCUACAAAUACACCGUGUGCCCAAGCUCUAGGCACUUUCAAUAAUCUACGCUCCGAAGUUAUGACGGCACAAAUUUUGUUAGACGAUUGCUAUCUUGUAUCCCCUGGACCAGGCACCCAGACGGACAAGUCAGCUAGUGCUAGUCGGAAGAUCCUAAGCGAGGAAGCAGUGAUCGUGAGGGGGAGACGAGUGAAACAUCCGCCACCUCGUGUGCCACUUGGCUGUUAUAGCUACACGGCUUACCUGUCGUAUUUCUGGGCAAACGACGUGCUCACCCGAGACGCCCUGGGGAUCAAGGACGGCACUGUGGACGAGUGGGUGAGGUGCCACAGCGGCGACCUGCCGUACGCCGUAGACAUCGGGAGCAGCAUCAAGUACCACCGGAAUGUCACCGCCAACGGUUACCGCGCGCUGGUGUACAGCGGCGACCACGAUGCGAUUGUGCCGCACCUGGGGACGCAGGCGUGGGUGAGGUCGCUCGGCUUCCCCGUCGUCGACGACUGGAGGGCAUGGCAUCUCGACGGCCAGUCUGCCGGAUUCACCAUAGCUUACUCUAACAACAUGACCUUCGCCACCGUAAAGGGAGCUGGGCACACGGCGCCUCAGUAUGAGCCCGAGAGGUGCUACGCCAUGUUCAGCCGUUGGGUACUGCACCAGCCACUCUAGUCCUCCUGUAUGUGACAUCAUCUAGUAGGUCUAGGAUACAUACUAGCAAGUGGAAGGCGCGGCGAGAACCUGUGUAAAUCUACAGUACAAAUUUGGAUAAAGAUACAGAGUGGAGAAUGGAGAGAAGAGAUCCUUUGAUAGCGAAGUGGCCAAAGAACUAUUGAGAAACAACAUGAAUUACCAUAAAUUGUAUGGUAUAUCAAAUAAAAAACUACUUAAAUUUGAAGAUAAUGUUGUGGAGUCA